GCAAGACAGCGGCUCCGUACUGCCCCUAUAUAUCCUCAUCACUCGCCCACGGUUCCAUCAGGGCCCAGUCGUAGCGGCGCGGAGGCGAUCUGGACCGAUAAUAUGCUCCGCUCGGCGCUAUCACGCCUCACACUCACUGCACGGCCAGCAGCGCCCACAACGACGCGCGCCUUCGCGAGCAACCGGAGCAAGCGCGGCAUCUACGCGGGCAAGGACAUCCGCUUCGGCAACAACAUCAGUUUUAGCCACCGCAAGACGCGGCGGACCUUCAAGCCGAACGCGCAGCGCAAGCGCCUCUGGUCCGAGACGCUCGGCUGCUGGCUGCGCUUCAACCUCACGACGCACGCCUUGCGGUGCAUCGAUAGGGCGGGCGGCAUCGACGCUUAUUUGCUGAAAACGCCGGACGCGAAGCUCGGGUCGAUCGCGGGCGCGAAUGCGCGACGCAUGAUUGAGGCGGCGCGGGCUAGUCGAGACCCGUCGUAAGAUCAUGAGCUAUA